CAUCGAAGCAAGCCCCUAGGUACGCGACAUCUUCAAAGCUUCAAGCAGCAUCAUCCCAACUGCUUUCACCAUCUUUCUACUUGAUCUUUCUCCCAAGUACUGACCCGGCACUCUCCCUUCUCCUCCUCCUCUUCUCUCACUAGUCACUUGGGAUGUGUAGCUGAUGACCUGGCAAGAUAGCGAGCUUCGUGUAGUAGCAGCAUACCCCCUUUGACACUUGUCCUUCACUACAGCCUCUGCACCUCCCCCUCGUUCAUCCCAGUCUUGUUCAUGCAGGCUGGAUCUGCUACCUCUCUCGCUUCCCGCUUUGCUUGUUGAAGGAUUGACGGACGUUGAGAACGGGGUAGGACUGGACGUGUCUGUCCACCGAGAUCCCUUCGAUGGCGCACAACUACGAUGUCGGCACGAAGGCAUGGCAGCCUGAUGCAAAGGAGGGAUGGGUGGCAUCAGAAGUUAUCUCCAAGACUGCCGAUGGGGACAAGUUGACCCUGGUUUUCAGCCUUGCAAAUGGCGAGACCAAGACGAUCGAAACGACCGCAGAGGCUCUUGCCAUUGACAACAACCCGGAUCUUCCACCCUUGAUGAAUCCGACAAUGCUCGAAGCUAGUGACGACUUGACGAAUUUAUCACAUCUGAACGAGCCGGCCGUUCUCCAAGCCAUCCGGUUACGGUAUUCACAGAAGGAGAUAUAUACAUAUAGUGGUAUUGUCCUGAUAGCCACGAAUCCCUUCGCUCGAGUCGAUUCUUUAUAUGUCCCUGGUAUGGUACAAGUGUAUGCAGGGAAGCAUAGGGCAACACAAGCCCCGCAUCUAUUUGCAAUUGCUGAGGAGGCCUUUGCCGAUAUGUUACGGAGCGGAAAGAACCAAACGAUCGUUGUAUCAGGAGAAUCCGGAGCUGGGAAGACAGUCAGCGCGAAGUACAUCAUGAGAUACUUUGCGACAAGAGAAUCUCCAGACCAGCCCGGGUCAAAGAUGAAAAGAGGGACAGAAACAAUGAGUGAAACGGAAGAGCAAAUCCUUGCUACGAACCCCAUCAUGGAAGCAUUUGGUAAUGCAAAGACGACCCGAAACGAUAACUCAUCUCGUUUUGGAAAGUAUAUCGAGAUCAUGUUCGACGACAAGACAAGCAUCAUUGGGGCUAAGAUCCGCACAUAUCUGCUGGAACGUUCAAGACUUGUCUUCCAGCCGCUCAAGGAGCGCAACUAUCAUGUCUUCUACCAGUUGGUUGCAGGUGCCUCGGAGAGUGAGCGACAAGAGCUGCAGCUGUUACCCGCGGACCAAUUCGACUAUCUGAAUCAAGGGAGCUCCCCAACCAUCGAUGGUGUGGAUGACAAGGCGGAAUUCGAAGCUUUGAAGAAGUCCUUGACAACUAUUGGUGUGGACAAUAGUAAGCAAGCCGAGAUAUUCAAGCUGCUUGCCGCUUUACUUCAUCUUGGAAAUGUCAAAAUCACAGCCUCGAGAACGGAUUCCGUUUUAUCACCGACAGAACCCUCCCUGGAAAAAGCUGCGGCAAUACUAGGUGUUGACCCGGUAGAAUUUGCAAAAUGGAUUGUCAAGAAACAGUUGAUCACCAGAGGGGAAAAGAUCACUUCAAAUUUGACCCAGCAGCAAGCAAUUGUCGUGCGAGACUCCGUCGCGAAAUUCAUCUACUCGAGCCUCUUUGAUUGGUUGGUCGAGAGCAUCAAUCAUGCACUUGCCACAGACGAAGUCCUCAGCCGUGUGAAAUCCUUCAUUGGGGUCCUGGAUAUCUACGGAUUUGAGCACUUUGCUAAAAACUCCUUCGAACAAUUUUGCAUUAACUAUGCCAAUGAAAAACUCCAACAGGAGUUUAAUGCGCACGUCUUUAAACUAGAGCAGGAGGAAUAUCUCAAAGAGCAGAUCGACUGGACAUUCAUCGACUUCUCAGAUAACCAGCCUUGUAUAGAUCUGAUAGAAGGGAAGCUCGGUAUAUUGUCUUUGCUGGAUGAAGAAUCGAGGCUGCCCAUGGGUUCUGAUGAGCAAUUCGUCACGAAGUUACAUCACAACUACGCCGCCGACAAGAAUAAGUUUUACAAGAAGCCGCGCUUUGGCAAGUCGGCUUUUACAGUUUGUCAUUACGCCAUUGACGUUACCUACGAAUCUGAUGGAUUUAUCGACAAGAACCGUGACACGGUUCCCGACGAGCACAUGGCGGUUUUGAGAGCUUCGACGAACAAGUUCUUAGGACAAGUCCUGGACGCUGCGUCCGCUGUUAGAGAGAAGGACAGUGCAUCCGCUUCGUCGGCUUCGGUGAAGCCUGCCGCCGGCCGUCGAAUCGGCGUUGCUGUGAACCGCAAACCUACCCUUGGCGGCAUCUUCAAGUCUUCUCUUAUUGAACUCAUGAACACCAUUAACAACACAGACGUCCAUUACAUUAGAUGCAUCAAGCCCAACGAAGGCAAGGAAGCUUGGGUAUUUGAAGGCCCUAUGGUCCUGAGCCAGCUGCGGGCUUGUGGUGUGCUUGAGACGGUGAGAAUCAGUUGUGCUGGAUACCCAACAAGAUGGACAUAUGAGGAAUUUGCACUGCGAUACUACAUGCUGGUACCUUCGUCGACAUGGACUUCCGAAAUUCGGGCUAUGGCGAACCAGAUACUCACAAGGGCCCUUGGAACCAGUACCGGUCAGGGUCUUGACAAGUACCAACUCGGACUGACCAAGAUCUUCUUCCGUGCUGGUAUGUUGGCAUUCUUGGAGAAUCUUCGAACAAAUCGCCUCAAUGACUGCGCGAUAAUGAUCCAGAAGAACCUAAAAGCCAAGUAUUACCGGCGCAAGUACCUCGAGGCACGAAACUCCAUAUUAGUCUUCCAAUCCUUGAUAAGGGGUCACCUGUCUAGAAAGUUUGCUCAAGAGACCCGGAAAGUCAAAGCUGCAACCACAAUCCAAAGAGUAUGGCGUGGCCAGAAGCAGCGCAAGAGCUAUAAUGCCAUCCGCAACAACGUUAUACAAGCCCAAGCUGCGGCUAAAGGUUUCCUGCGCAGACGGCAGAUCUUAGACACCCGUCUUGGAAACGCUGCAGUAAUAAUCCAGCGAGCAUGGCGCUCAAGACGACAGAUGCGGAGUUGGAGACAGUAUAGGAGAAAGGUUGUCAUCAUCCAGAGCUUGUGGAGAGGCAAGCGUGCCCGCCGCGGAUACAAAAAGGUUCGGGAGGAAGCACGUGAUCUCAAACAAAUCUCCUACAAGUUGGAGAACAAGGUGGUCGAGCUCACCCAAUCUCUUGGUACGAUAAAGAGAGAAAACAAGACUCUGGUCAGUCAAGUGGAGAACUACGAGAACCAGAUCAAAUCGUGGAAGAAUAGACAUAACGCAUUGGAAACUCGGUCUAAGGAGCUGCAGAGUGAGGCAAACCAGGCCGGUAUCACUGCAGCGCGUCUCUCAGCAAUGGAGGACGAAAUGAAGAAACUGCAGCAGAACUUUGAAGAAGCAGCGGCCAAUAUCAAGCGUAUGCAAGAAGAGGAGAAAGAGCUACGGGAGUCCCUAAGAAUAUCCAAACUUGAGCUCGAGAACACCCAGCGGGCUAGUGUUGUCCACGAGUCGGAGAAGAUGACUCUCAAGCAGCAGCUUGCGGAAUUGCAAGAUCAGCUUGAGCUGGCCAAGCGAGUUGCACCUGCUAUGCCGACUAAUGGCGAGCUGACGAAUGGAGCUGCUGCCCAGCCGCCAUCGAAUGGCCUGAUCAAUUUGGUCUCCUCAAAGAAGCCAAAAAGGCGCAGUGCCGGGAUUGAGGCCCGCGAUCUUGAUCGAUUCAGUGGGGCUUAUAACCCUCGCCCUGUCUCCAUGGCUGUUACUUCGAGUACUCUCCAUCGCCAAAACCUUUCGGGCUCGCCCUUGAUGCCGGGUGUCGAUAAUAUCGAAUUUGAGCUUGAGAAUCUUCUUGCCGAUGAGGACGGUCUGAAUGAUGAGGUUACCAUGGGUUUGAUUCGCAACCUUAAGAUCCCAAUUCCAACGACAACCCCACCGCCAACCGAUAAAGAAGUUCUCUUCCCAUCAUAUCUGAUCAACCUGGUCACCUCGGAAAUGUGGAACAAUGGGUUUGUGAAGGAAUCGGAGAGAUUCCUAGCCAACGUCAUGCAAUCAAUUCAACAGGAAGUCAUGCAGCAUGAUGGUGAUGAGGCCGUCAACCCAGGCGCUUUCUGGUUGUCUAAUGUGCACGAAAUGCUCUCCUUUGUGUUCCUUGCCGAAGACUGGUAUGAGGCACAAAAGACUGAUAACUACGAAUACGAUCGUCUUCUCGAGAUUGUCAAACAUGAUCUUGAGAGCCUGGAGUUCAACAUCUAUCACACCUGGAUGAAGGUUCUCAAGAGAAAACUCCACAAGAUGAUUAUCCCUGCCAUUAUCGAGUCUCAAUCCCUGCCUGGUUUCGUCACGAACGAGAGCAACCGUUUCCUGGGCAAAUUACUUCAGUCCAACUCUGCACCAGCUUACAGCAUGGACAAUUUGUUGAGUCUCCUCAACAGUGUCUUCAAGGCAAUGAAAGCCUACUACCUUGAGGAUUCGAUCAUCACCCAGACGGUGACUGAGCUGCUGAGAUUGGUUGGUGUUACUGCUUUCAACGAUCUUCUGAUGCGAAGGAACUUCCUCUCCUGGAAACGUGGACUUCAAAUCAACUACAACAUCACCCGUAUCGAGGAGUGGUGCAAGAGCCACGAUAUGCCAGAAGGGACCCUUCAGCUUGAACAUCUAAUGCAAGCAACCAAGCUACUGCAGCUGAAGAAGGCAACACUGAAUGAUAUUGAGAUAAUCCAAGAUAUCUGCUGGAUGCUGUCUCCGAACCAAAUCCAGAAGCUGUUGAACCAGUAUCUUGUUGCCGAUUAUGAGCAGCCGAUCAACGGCGAAAUUAUGAAAGCCGUCGCUUCUCGAGUCACCGAGAAGAGCGAUGUCCUCCUUCUUGCCGCUGUGGACAUGGAUGAUAGCGGACCUUAUGAGAUCGCCGAGCCCCGUGUAAUCACGGCCCUUGAAACUUAUACCCCAUCUUGGCUUCAAACCCCCCGCUUAAAACGACUCGCGGAGAUUGUAUCAGCGCAGGCUAUAGCGCAGCAAGAGAAGCUUGAAUAUCCGCAAGACGAUUCGAACGACCUUACCGAUAGCGAGCUGAAUGGCGCAUGAGCUACGAUUCUGAUAUAAUCUGGCGGGCCUUAUCCAGAAAGCACAUAUGUGCUCAUGCCACUUCACUUCUCUUGUACUAUUUCUCCACGAGCUGUUACCCAAGAUCUUCUGCCAUUGGCCCUCGCGGCCUUUUGUAUAGGGCAGGAUUAUGUUAGUCCCACCAUUUUAACUGUUAUUGUAUGUUGUGUGAUUUGUUGGAAUGGUUGCCCAAUAGGACAUUUGGUGCAUCUUGUAGACAUUUGCAAUGGGCGUUGAAGCUUUUAAGGAUAUCGGUAAAGAACGAGCAUUUUUCACUUCGUUCGGAGGCGAGGAACUCAGGAGCGUGGAUCAGACAAAACAGACGCCAAGACCCUGACGACCUAAUGAAUCAGAAUUUCUGCUGUUAAAGCUACGCUG